UUUCUCGGCGCAGGGAUUCCAAGCGCGAGCUGGAGCCCGCCUUUUGCCGGGGGCGGAGCGCCACAGGAGGGUGUGAGGCAGUAGCAGCGUCUCGCGGACCGGGUCAGUCGCAGUAGCUGGACUGCAGGGCUGGUGGCGGUUUAGCGCCUGCCUUGUCUGUGCGCGCGCGCUCAUCGCGGAGCCGCCUCACGCCCCGACCCCUCUGGCCGCCGCCUUCCGACUGGGCUGGGUCCGCGUCUCUGAACCGACUUCGUCUGCAGCCUGGAAGCUCCCAAUAUGAGCGGUGUCGUCUGCGCCGAGAGACACCAGAUUAUGAUGCAUGAUUAUCACAGAAGAAAUUCAUGUCUAUAGCUCUUAAGGACUUGAUUACAUCAUUUCAAGCCUGCUACUUUUGCAAUAUCAUCGCAGCUCACGGGACACAACCCGUCUGCCUGCACAUCAGCAAAUAGUCUGUGCAAGACGACAUUAAAAGUGACGUGGUCUGUUUCAACACAACAUUACCAUUGGAUUAUUUAAGGUUUCCCAGUUCUAAAUAUAUUGCUGUAAAUUUAUCAGGUAACUAUUGAUCCAAACCAACAGCAAAAUGAUUCCUAAUGGAUAUUUGAUGUUUGAAGAUGAAAACUUCAUAGAAUCAUCUGUUGCCAAAUUAAACGCUUUGCGUAAAAGUGGUCAGUUCUGUGAUGUUCGGCUUCAGGUAUGUGGACAUGAGAUGUUGGCACACAGAGCAGUCCUAGCUUGCUGCAGUCCCUACUUAUUUGAAAUCUUCAACAGUGAUAGUGAUUCUCAUGGAGUUUCUCAUGUUAAAUUUGAUGAUCUCAAUCCAGAAGCUGUUGAAGUCUUAUUAAAUUAUGCCUACACUGCUCAGUUGAAAGCUGAUAAAGAGCUAGUAAAAGAUGUGUAUUCUGCAGCUAAGAAGUUGAAGAUGGAGAGAGUCAAGCAGGUUUGUGGUGAUUAUUUGCUGUCCAAGAUGGACGUUCAGAGCUGCAUCUCUUAUCGGAACUUUGCAAGUUGUAUGGGAGACUCACGUUUGUUGAACAAGAUUGAUGGCUACAUUCAGGAACACUUAUUACAGAUUUCAGAACAGGAGGAAUUUCUCAAGCUUCCACGGCUAAAGCUUGAAGUUAUGCUUGAAGACAAUGUUGGCUUGCCAAGCAAUGGCAAAUUAUACACAAAGGUAAUCAACUGGGUACAGCGCAGCAUCUGGGAAAAUGGAGAUAGUCUGGAAGAUCUGAUGGAAGAGGUUCAAACGUUGUACUACUCAGCUGAUCACAAGCUGCUUGAUGGAAAUCUACUAGAUGGACAGGCUGAGGUGUAUGGCAGUGAUGAUGACCACAUUCAGUUUGUGCAGGUACAAAUUGCACAUGGUCUGAGGUUAGAUAAGAAAAAGCAACCACGUGAGAAUGAUCACAAGCAGAUAAGUAGCAGUUCCUCUGGAAGCCUUUCUUCUCCAAAUACUACUGUACAGAGUCCUAAACAUGAAUGGAAAAUUGUUGCCUCAGAAAAGACUUCAAGUAAUACUUACUUGUGUCUUGCUGUUUUGGAUGGUGUGUUCUGUGUGAUUUUUCUUCAUGGACGAAACAGCCCUCAGAGCUCUCCAACAAGUACUCCACGACUGAUGAAGAGCAUGAGUUUUGAGAUUCAACCAGAUGACCUUACAGAGAAGCCACUGUCUCCAAUGCAGUAUGCUCGAUCUGGGUUGGGAACAGCGGAACUUAAUGGCAGGCUAAUAGCUGCAGGUGGUUAUAACAGAGAGGAAUGUCUGCGCACAGUAGAGAGCUAUGAUCCACGAAAGGACCGUUGGACUUUUAUUGCACCCAUGAGAACACCAAGAGCCCGAUUCCAGAUGGCAGUUCUAAUGGGACAGCUGUAUGUUGUCGGGGGAUCAAAUGGCCAUUCAGAUGACUUGAGUUGUGGAGAAAUGUAUGAUCCGGAAAUAGAUGACUGGAUUCCUGUUCCAGAACUGAGAACCAGUCGUUGCAAUGCAGGAGUAUGCGCUCUGAAUGGUAAGCUGUAUGUUGUUGGUGGCUCAGAUCCUUAUGGCCGGAAGGGACUGAAAAACUGUGAUGUGUUUGAUCCUGUAACAAAAUCUUGGACAAGCUGUGCUCCACUCAACAUUCGUAGACAUCAAUCUGCAGUAUGUGAGCUAAGUGGAUAUUUGUACAUAAUUGGAGGAGCAGAGUCUUGGAAUUGUCUGAACAGUGUAGAACGUUACAAUCCAGAGAAUGAUACCUGGACUCUAAUUGCAUCUAUGAAUGUGGCUAGGCGUGGAGCUGGAGUAGCUGUUCAUGAUGGAAAACUCUUUGUUGGUGGAGGCUUUGAUGGUUCUCGUGCUGUCAGUUGUAUGGAGAUGUACGACCCUGCUAAAAAUGAAUGGAAGAUGAUGGGAAAUAUGACUACUCCAAGAAGCAAUGCCGGUAUUGCAGCUGUGGCAAACACCAUUUAUGCAGUUGGAGGAUUUGAUGGCAAUGAAUUCCUGAAUACAGUUGAAAUCUACAACCCAGAAUCAAAUGAAUGGAGCCCAUAUGCAAAAAUGUAUAAAUUUUAACCAGUAUAAGUGCCACUGGCAAACUAACAGGCUUAGUGAUGUAAUUGUUUUAGUAGAGGUACAUGUCAGUAGGAUUGGGAGGGUAAGAAGUUGCUGACAGCGACACAAAGCUUUUGCAUAUUGCAUACUAUUAAUGUGCUGUAUAUACUUUUUUGUUUUUGGAAAGAUGAAGGGUGUUUGUGUAUUUUUGGAUUUUGUUACUUAGAUUUUGGAAAUUAUUAUUGCAAGACAACUGAUUGGGCAUAUCAUUUCAAGAGCUUCCCCCAAUGUUUGUUUUGCUAAUUUGCACAUUUCCUCUCCCCCCUCUCCCCCCUUUAGAAUGUGUGUUUGGGGCAGGAAGAAUAGGGUUUUUGGUUAUAGGCAGUUGGUUUUUUCAGGCUCCCUGCUCUCCUCACCAAUAACUGGAACAAUCUGUAAUAAGCCUUAUUUAACACAUAUAAUGCUCUUUUUUAUUAAAGUUGACAUGCCUGCCAAUACUUAA